GCUUCAACAGGGAAUUGUGUGGCUUGGAGUGGCCGACUACCGAAUUGGGUAAUCGGCCUCCUUCUGGGUGACCGGACGGGCAGCUGCAGGACGAACCAAUCACACUUUUACCCCAACACCCCGCUAUCCAGCCCACCUCAAAGGCAACCGCGAUACAAGAAGGCUCCAGGAGAUCCAAUUCUAGGCGGCCACGUUCCUGCGCCUCAGUCCCAGAUUUAAAACGUUCUCAAUCAAGGAAUUGGAAUUUGACACUCUCUCUUGGCUGUCAGGGUGCGCAAGGCAGAAUCGACCCAAGUCUGACUCCCGCUCUGUACAGCCCAGCUCAGCCUCCAGAUCAUCUCCGACGAUUGCAAAGGCCAUCGACACCUUUCACCCUGCCUGACCGAGCCUGAUAGCAUCCGGCAUUACCAACCAUGGGCGGUGGACCUUAUGAAUUGUACCGCGAGCGUUAUGGUGCCGAGCUUCUCGUCAUGCGGAAAGCCACCAAGAACGACCUCGACGCCAUCACUCGGGUCAUCCAGGCUGGUUUUCCCGACGACCCAGGUUGCAACUACAAGUUUCCAUACCGCGACAAAUACCCGGAGGACUUCUGGAAGUACACACGCCGACAGUAUGAGGAGUACCUAGAGCAGCCAGAAAAGUUCGCCUUCAACGUUGUCACAGUGACCAAUGAGGAGGCAGGACUCGAUGACCUCCCCAUUGCUAUUGGUGUCUGGGAUAUUGCUGUUCACAUCAAGGCCAAAGGCGGAGAUCUCUUCAUUGACGAACGACGGGAUGGUAACCGGGAACACAUGAAGGCAUACGCAGCCGCUAUGGAACGGACAUUUGCGAAAUGCUUUGAGUCGUAUGGGAAAGAGCAACUUCACCUUUGGAUGCUCGUAACGCACCCUGACUUUCGCCAGCGUGGUGCAGGAACCAGACUGUGUGACUGGGGUGUUGAUGAGUCCGCGAGAAGAGGUGGGUGGAUUUUGACUGUUAUGGCCAGUCCAAUGGGCAGGAAGCUUUAUGAGGAACUUGGUUACGUUUUGGUCGGCACCGACACGGCACGAGUGGGUGGAGAAGAAGAGCAUGUUGUUAUUGACGCUUUGGAGAAGCCGUUCUCACAACACACUAUCUAGCACAGCAGAAAUAUCAUGCGUUUCGUCA